AGCGAUUAAGGGGUUUAGUUCCGGUUUGUCACUGAUACUGGCCAAGAAGUACAUUACAGAGACUCAGAUUAAUCGAUCGAUAAAAUAUCAUUCACAAUUUCUCCUGGCGCUGACUCUGAGCAACUUUUUCAUACAACAUCGUAAGAAAGCAUAGUGCAAGAUGACGACUGUACAAAAAAUCAAGGAAAUUGAAGAUGAAAUGGCCAGGACCCAGAAGAACAAGGCCACGAGUUACCACUUGGGUCAACUGAAGGCGAAGCUCGCUAAGUUACGACGAGAGCUCUUAACUCCCGCAGGCGGCAGUAGUGGUGGCGGUGGUGGCAUCGGUUUUGACGUCGCUCGGACUGGCGUAGCUUCAGUCGGAUUUGUGGGAUUCCCAUCCGUUGGGAAGUCGACGUUGAUGUCAAAGCUCACGGGAACUCACUCGGAAGUCUCUGCGAUCGACUUCACGACCCUCACGACCGUCCCCGGAACGCUCAAGGUGCACGGCGCUCCGAUCCAGAUUCUUGACCUGCCUGGUAUCAUUGAGGGUGCAAAUGAUGGUCGAGGUCGUGGGCGGCAAGUCAUUGCGGUCGCCCGAACAUGCAACCUUAUCUUUAUUGUCCUUGACGUGCUCAAGCCUCUAAAUGAUAAGAAGAUCAUUGAGGGUGAGUUAGAAGGGUUCGGCAUACGACUGAACAAAAAGCCUCCAAACAUCACCGUGCGAAAGAAAGACAAGGGUGGCAUUGCCAUUACAAAUACCGUCCCGCUCACGAAUAUCGAUCACGAUGAAAUCAAAGCAAUACUAAGCGAAUACAGAAUUAGCAACGUAGAUGUCGCCGUUCGGGAGCCAAAUGCGACGGCAGAUGACAUUGUGGACGUUAUCGAGGGCAAUCGAGUUUAUAUACCUUGUAUUUAUGUUCUUAACAAGAUUGAUGCCAUCUCAAUUGAGGAGCUAGACCUGUUGUACAAAAUACCCAACAGUGUCCCCAUUUCUUCCAAAGAAUGGCUGAACAUCGAUGAACUUAUCGAAGUGAUGUGGCAAGCCCUGGACCUUGUGCGAGUUUACACAAAACCCCGAGGGCAGUCUCCAGACUAUUCCGCCCCAGUCGUUUUGAAACGCGGUAAAUGCACCGUAGAGGACUUCUGUAAUGCGAUUCACAAAGAGAUCGCGAAACAGCUUAAAUAUGCCAUUGUUUGGGGAGCGAGCGCAAAGCAUGCUCGAGGACAAAAGGUGGGAUUGGACCAUGUCUUGGAGGAUGAAGACGUCGUUCACAUUGCAAAGAAGUAGUCCAUAUAAUUUUGCCCGGCUGCGAUUCUAUACAUGUGAAUUUAGCG